AUGAAGAUGAAACGCUACAAGCUGUUUCUCAUGUUCUGUAUGGCCGGCCUGUGUCUCAUCUCCUUCCUGCACUUCUUUAAGACCCUGUCCUAUGUCACCUUCCCCCGCGAACUGGCCUCUCUCAGCCCUAACCUGGUGUCCAGCUUCUUCUGGAACAAUGCCCCGGUCACACCCCAGGCCAGCCCAGAGCCGGGUAGCCCCGACCUGCUGCGGACCCCACUCUAUUCCCACUCACCCCUGCUCCAGCCACUGUCGCCGAGCAAGGCCACGGAGGAGCUCCACCGGAUGGACUUCGUGCUGCCCGAGGACACCACCGAAUACUUUGUCCGCACCAAGGCCGGGGGCGUCUGCUUCAAGCCAGGUACCAAGAUGCUGGAGAAGCCCCCAUCGGGGCGGCCAGAGGAGAAGAUGGAGGCGGGCGACGGCGUGUCGUCGUCGUCGGCACGGGGCCCGGGCCGGCAGCUGCUGAGCGCCCGGGAGCGAGCAGGGGGCCGUGGCGGUGCGCGGCGCAAGUGGGUGGAGUGCGUGUGCCUCCCGGGCUGGCACGGGCCGAGUUGUGGCGUGCCCACCGUGGUGCAGUACUCCAACCUGCCCACCAAGGAGCGCCUGGUGCCCCGGGAGGUGCCGCGACGGGUCAUCAACGCCAUCAACAUCAACCACGAGUUUGACUUGCUGGACGUGCGCUUCCACGAGCUGGGCGACGUGGUGGACGCCUUCGUGGUGUGCGAGUCCAACUUCACGGCGUACGGGGAGCCGCGGCCGCUCAAGUUCCGCGAGAUGCUGACCAACGGCACCUUCGAGUACAUCCGGCACAAGGUGCUGUACGUCUUCCUGGACCACUUCCCGCUGGGCGGGCGGCAGGACGGCUGGAUCGCCGACGACUAUCUGCGCACCUUCUUGACGCAGGACGGCGUGUCGCGGCUGCGCAACCUGCGGCCGGACGACGUCUUCAUCAUCGACGACGCCGACGAGAUCCCCGCGCGCGACGGCGUGCUCUUCCUCAAGCUCUACGACGGCUGGACGGAGCCCUUCGCCUUCCACAUGCGCAAGUCACUGUACGGCUUCUUCUGGAAGCAGCCGGGCACCCUGGAGGUGGUGUCGGGCUGCACGGUGGACAUGCUGCAGACGGUGUACGGGCUGGACGGCAUCCGCCUGCGCCGCCGGCAGUACUACACCAUGCCCAACUUCCGCCAGUACGAGAACCGCACGGGCCACAUCCUGGUGCAGUGGUCGCUAGGCAGCCCCCUGCACUUCGCCGGCUGGCACUGCUCCUGGUGCUUCACGCCCGAGGGCAUCUACUUCAAGCUGGUGUCAGCCCAGAACGGCGACUUCCCCCGCUGGGGCGACUACGAGGACAAGCGGGACCUCAACUACAUCCGGAGCCUGAUCCGCACGGGGGGCUGGUUCGACGGCACGCAGCAGGAGUACCCACCGGCCGACCCCAGCGAGCACAUGUACGCCCCCAAAUACCUGCUGAAGAACUACGACCAGUUCCGCUACCUGCUGGACAACCCCUACCAGGAGCCCAAGAGCACAGCGGCCGGUGGGCGGCGGAUCAAGGGUUCGGAGGGAAGGCCACCCGCCAGGGGCAAAUUGGAUGUGGUUGAAGGCUAA